AUGCCGGGCGGUGAAGGCGGCAGCUCACAGCCCUCGAUAUACAUGGCGGCAGCCGUGCAAUUACCUCCUCCGCCAAAUUUCAGUUUCCGAUCGGAGGAUUGGCAGCGAUGGUCCACGAGAUGGGAACGAUACCGACAAGGCAGUGGCAUUGCAAAUCAGUCAGAGGAGACGCAAGUUAAUCAAUUUGUAUACUUAAUGGGACCGCGUGCGGAAGACAUUCUGUUAUCAUUUAAACUCAGUAAUAUAGAAGCAAAAAGCUAUAAGAUAGUACAUAAAAAGUUUGAAGAACAUUUCGGAGCUCGCGUAAAUAUAGUAUUAGAACGAGCACGAUUCAAUAGGCGCACGCAACAAAACGAGGAAGCGGUAGAGGACUUUAUCGCAGAUCUCUAUCGUUUAGCGGAAACAUGUAAUUUCGGUACAUUAAAAGAUGAACUUAUUAGAGACCGAAUUGUAGCAGGCAUUCAGGACCAAAAGCUAUCAGAAAUAUUGCAAUGUGACCCUGAGCUCACGCUGGAGAAGGCUGUCAUGAAAGUACGAACAAAAGAAGAGGUCAGAACACAACAGGCAGUCUUAAGAGGAACGGAGGUAGCAGCUAACCUCGACAGAGUCAGCAGUUCCCGCGGAACACGUGGCAAACAGUACGCGAAAGGCUUCCAGCGACAGCAUAAGAAGGACGAGGCAACAACGGCGAAACGGUGCACCCGAUGCGGCACGACACCGCAACAUGCAUUUUCCUCGUGCCCAGCCAGGCAAUCAGCAUGCAAUAUUUGUAAAAAGACAGGACAUUGGGCGGCGAUGUGCAGAAAGAAAGCGGUACAUGAAGUGAAUAAAAAUGAUAGUAAGAAUGAAGCAGAAAAAGAAGACGAUAAAGAAGAUCUCUACUUGGGCGGCGUACAAGCAAUAAUAAAAGAAGAAAAAGAGGGACAAAGCAAAACACAGAAUACCGAAGACAAGAAGCAACAAAGAAACAUAGAUAGAAUAAGGACGAAGACAGCGCACUCCGAACCGCCAUGGAUGGCGCAUGUAAGCAUCAACGGAAAGGACGUAUCAGUCAAGGUAGAUACUGGAGCUGACGUGACGGUGAUAAGUGAAGAACUCUAUAGGCAGCAUCUAGUCGGCAUUGCAUUGACAAACGCAGGUAAAGGACUGCAAGUGGGAGACUCAAUACCUCUCAACGUGCUGGGUAAAUUGCAGGCUAAAAUAGAGUGGAGGAAUAAAGCAGCUAUUGACCACAUAUAUGUCGUCAAGGAGAACAUGCAGCCAUUGUUAGGCCGUCCGGCCAUUAGAGCGUUAGGCAUGUUAGACUGGGUAAUAGACAUGGUCAUUGCUGAAGUAAGUAACGACAAACCUGAAAGUGAAUUCGGUAAUGUAUUUGAAGGGUUAGGAUGUCUCAGAAAGUGCAAACCUUACCACAUUUGUUUUAAACCAGAUACCAAACCGUAUGCAGUAUCAGUACCUCGCAGAGUUCCACUGCAUCUGAUGCACAAGGUCAAAGAAGAGCUAGAGCGGUUGGAAGAUUUGGGCGUGAUCAGUCGAGUCGUCGAGCCGACGGAAUGGUGCGCACCGAUGGUUGCCGUGCUCAAGGCCAACAAGAAAGAUGUGAGGAUUUGCAUAGACUACACUGAACUCAAUAAAUGCGUUGUAAGAAACCGUCACAUCAUGCCGAGUGUUGAAAAAAACCUUGCUCAACUAGGAGAAGCCCGCUGGUUUUCCCUUCUUGAUGCGAACAAGGGAUAUCAUCAGGUGCCUUUAUGCAAAUGUUGCCGACAUGUAACUACUUUCAUCACGCCAUUUGGUCGCUACUGCAGUGAUAGACUACCGAUGGGUUUGUGUCCCAGCGCGGAGCACUUUCAAGAAAGUAUGUCUACAGUAUUGGAUGGACUACAAAAUGUGGUGAACCUAUCGGAUGACGUUCUUGUUCAUGGAAGAACUCUUGAAGAACAUGAUAAAUGUCUGCGUGCAGUAUUGCAGCGUCUAUCAGAGGCAGGUCUUACGUUAAACAAAGAUAAGUGUGUCUUCAGACAAAAGCGCGUAAGAUUCUUGGGAUACAUUGUAUCAGCGGAUGAAGGCGUGCAGCCCGAUCCUGAGAAAGUGAAAGCUAUAACCAGCAUGAAGAGGCCAACCAACACUACGGAGGUGAAAAGGUUUUUGGGAAUGGUCCAUUUCCAGUUAAAGUUUAUAGAACAUCUUGCGGAUAUCACCAAACCACUGAGAGAACUGUUGAAGGAUAGCGUCGAGUUUAUGUGGGAAUCACCACAGGAAAAGGCCUUCAAAGAG